GCGAGCGAUGAACAUGACAUUCCAAAACUUCGUCAGCAAGACACGACUGACGCAAUGAAUGAUUAACUUCUGCGUGAUCGUGUACAUAGACGACAUCCUCGUCUAUUCGGAAACCUAUCACGGGCACGCGCAACACAUCGAAUGGACAUUGGGUGCAUUGAGAGACCCUGGGUUCAAGAUUGCGCUUGAGAAGAGCGAAUUUUUCCUCUCAGAAAUUUUGUUCUUAGGCUAUGUCGUGACACGUGGAGGAUUGCGGCCAGACUCGAAAAAAGUUGCGGCGGUAAAGGAAGCUUCGGUUCCCACGUCACUGACGCAGGUUCGAGCCUUCUUGGGACUAGCGUCGUAUUACCGGCGCUUCAUCAAGGGCUUUGCCGCGAUUGCACGACCACUAACGAACCUGUUACGAAAGGACCAGCCUCUCAGCUGGGACGCAGAGUGCCAACAGGCCUUUGCAACCCUCAAGGACGCUCUGGCAACGGCCCCUAUUUUGAUUCGACCGGACCCCUCGAAGCAGUUCAUUCUCAUCACGGACUGGCAACCGGAAGCUAUUUCCGUUAUUCUAGCGCAGAAGGGGAACGAUGGUCGCGAACACGUCAUCGAGUACGCGUCACGAACCGUGUCGGACGAACGAAGAAACGACUCCGCACCUCAGGGUGAGUGUUAUGCGGUAGUCUGGGGAAUCCAACACUUCCAUCCGUAUCUCUACGGACAGAAGUUUCGCCUCGUAACGGAUCACGAGCCUCUGCUGGCGCUGAAGAAACUCACCAACUACACGGGCAUGAUUGGCCGUUGGGCGGUGCGACUACAAGAAUACGACUUCGAUAUCGUCCAUCGAAAGACAGAGCGACACGGCAACGCGGACGGGCUAACACGUCUGCAUCGACCUGCCAAGUGGGCGGCGCUGAGAGCAGAAGAGGAGGUCGAAGAGGAAUCAGAAGGAGAAUUGAGGAGAGAGGUCGGGGGAGCAGCGGCCCGAUUGGUCGAGGACGAGGAAGAAGAGCGCGAAGCAGAAGAAGAGUCGGCGGAAGCUGAAGAAGAAGAAGAAGACGAAGCAGAGGAGGAGACUUCGGAGGAAGAGGAAGAGGCCUAUAGCGAGUACAGCGAGGGCGAGCAAAGCGAGGCGAAGCAGUUCGUUACCAAGGCCCUGGAAAUGGGUUCUGUGGCGAUGCAGAGAUUCGACCCGGUCAACCAAAUCUGCAAACAUAUAUGCGCCUUUCAUUUCUAUUCACAUGACAUGACGCGUCAGGUCGAGGCGCAUCAUUAUUGCUCGAGGUUGAACGAAGAUUUUCAGCAGUGCGCUGUGUACGAUCGAGAGGACAAGGACGCGCGACUGAUUGGCAUAGAGUACAUCGUCAGCGAGAAGGUGUUCCUUAGUCUUCCUGAAGAGGAGAAGAAGCUGUGGCACUCCCAUGAGUUCGAGGUCAGAGGGGGGUUGGCGACCAUUCCGUAUGUACCCGAGGUCAUGGAGCAUGCCGAGCUCAGCCCUUUUGCCAAGACCUACGGGAAAGUGUGGCAUUUCUGGCAGAUCGACCGAGGCGAUGCGCUGCCCGUGGGGCCUCCACAACUGAUGAUGGCGUUCAGGAACGAGGGGCAGAUGGAUGAGGCUCUGCUCCAGGGUCGCGACAGAAGGUACGGGAUCUCGACUGAAGAGUUGAAGCGGAAGCGCCGCGAUAUCACCGGUCCGGAUCUCGGUAGGCAUCCCUCGGCCGACUGGUGGGAGGGGACUGGGAGGAGUUAUCAGGUGAAGCUGAAGGAAAAGGAUGUCGACGCUGCUCCUGGGUGGUAGCGUUUCCCUCCCUCUGUCGUACCUUCCCUCGCUCUUCUUGUUCUUCAUUGUCUUCUUCCAUUCUUCGUGGAGAAGUCCUUGAUAUUGUCGUUUCGGGGCCUAUUCGCAGACCUCUACGUAGCAAUAACAUCUGAGGGUGGCGGUAUCCCUCGGCCGACUGGUGGGAGGGGACUGGGAGGAGUUAUCAGGUGGGCGGGGUAGCGUUUCCCUCUGCCGUAUUGUCUUUCUUCUUCUCAGCGAACCUCUUCUUGUUCUUCAUUGUCUUCUUGAAUUCUUCGUGGAGCAGUCCUCGAUAUUGUCGUUUCGGGGCCUAUUCGCAGACCUCUAUAGGUAGCUACAUCUGAGGUCGGUAUCCCUUGGCAGACUGGUGAGAAGGGGGGACUGGGAGGAGGAGUUUUCAGGUGAAGCUGAAAGAAAAGGAUGAAGAUGCCGCUCGUGGGCGGGGUAGCGUUUCCCUCCCUCUGCUGUACUCUCUCUCUUUCUUCCUCUCAGCGAACCUUUUCUCUUCUCCGUGGAUUAGGUCGGUCUUCGUUCUCGUGAACUAUGCUUGAUAUUUUCGUGAUUUGUAGUCCACGGCUGUUUGCAGACCUGUGCGCAGCAAACAUAUCCGGGUCUUUUCCGUUCAUGGAGGUAAAGAAACAGAAACAAAAUAGAUGAUUCACACUAGUCCACGGCUUCCGUUCAUGGAGGUAAAGAAACAGAAACAGAAACAGAACAGAAACAAAAUAGAUGAUUCAUAGUCCACGGCUGUUCGCAGACCUGUACGCAGCAAACAUAUCCGGGUUUUUUCCGUUCAUGGAGGUGAAGAAACAAAAUUGAGUUCCGAUAGAUAUAGCAGUGCCUCUACCAAGAAGUGGACGAAGAUUCUAAUCAGUAAACACAGUACUGAUUCCUGGCAAACUUUGAAGAAAAUACAGAGUAGGAACCAAACCGGACUUCCCACCCCAGCUGGGAGACUCUCCGUGGUUCCCAGUCGCUGCGGUGGGGGAAAAAAGCCGGUCUGGCAAUCAACAACAAUCAACAACGAAAACAAAGAAACCGAAAGGAACAUGAAAACCGAAAAGAAUCAGAACAUGGCACCGCGAUUGCCUCUCUCUCUCUCUCUCUCUCUCUCUCUCUCUCUCUCUCUUUUCCACCUUCGCCACUUGCCGUCUAUAUUGCCCUUCAAUGCCUGCGCAUGUUUGAUCUUGUAUCUGCUGCAUCUUGUAUCUACAUACUCCCUGGUUGUGCAGAAAGUAUAUUUGAGUUGUAAUCGUAGGUUCUGGAGAUGAAUGUGGUUUUUUGACGUCUCAUUUGGUGGUGGUGGUGUUAAUGAAGGCAGACUAACCGA